AUGGGCUCGUAUGAAGCUAAGAAGCACGCCAAACGUCUCUUGAAUACAUUUAAGGCAAGUAAUACCUUCUGGAAUACGGUUGAGACCAUCCAAACCAAACAAAAAGAAUUGGAAGUUAAGAAGAUCGAAGCAGUCCAGAGUGUUUUUGAUGAGGCCAUCUCAUACACUGAAGAAGUGUUUGCAACUGCCAUAGAAAAUUUGAAAAAUGAGAAAAAACGGUCAUCUGCUGAAUUUCUGAAAGAUAAAGCCCCUCUUCGACGUGUUGUCACUCCACGAAAGGAGUCUUUAUCUGAAUACACAGCUGGAUCUGCGAAAUUGCUUGACCAAACGAAUAAGGAUAUUUUCAGUGAUGAAGAGGAAGUGGAGGAAAGUACUAGUUCAAAAAAAGCUCAUAAUAAUUCGAAACAAAAGCGAUGUCAAACAAGAUAUGGAAGAGAUAUCCCAGACUAUUCCGAACAAGGAUCUGAUCAAGAAUAUAAACCUGAAAAAAGAGUAUGCAUAACACGGCCUGAUUCACGAUCACAUCAUGCAGGCAAGGGUGAUAAACCAGAGAUUGAUAACGGGAAAUUCGAGGAAAAUUAUGAUGAGAAAACUGAAUUGUUUUUCGAAUCCUCUGAUAUAUCAACAAUUCAAGAUUAA